CGGAUAGGGGGGACUGAGUAGAAAAGCGUGAUGUUUAGGUAUUGAGCGUAGGGUAGGAUCAUGCGGCACAUACCGCAAUGCUACCUAAUAAGUAUAUCUAAUGUACCAUGUUCCUAUAUCUUUUUUAUGUUACCUUAUCGAGGCAUUUUCCUGCAAUUCUGAUGCGAGCGUGGAAUCCUACAAGUAUAGAAUCUUAAUAUUACCUGGUACAUAUGUAGAGAAUAGUAUCAUGGAGAAUACGCCGACUAAUAAGUCGAAAGGGCCAUCUACACCAUUAUUUAGAUGACUGUCAUCAAGAGAACCCCUGACACUCCUCAUACAGAAAUGUCUUGUCCAUAUGGCCCGAGAACAUCAGGAUUCAGAGGCGACAGUCCUGAGCCUGAGCUAGACGAUCUGGCACACAAAGAAGAGCCUCAUCAAGCUCGCACGUCAGAUGAAGUUUGUAGCUGGCAAGGCGAUCCUCCUGAGCCCGAGUUAGAUGACCUCGCCCAUAGCGCCGAGCCAUCACAUGGGUCUCAAACAAAUUUACGUGUUGAACCGCUACUAGCGGAGGUUGAAUCAACGCCAUUGGACACUCCCCUCAAGCCGGAAAAUCAUAAGGAACCUUCGAAGGCGCAUUUUGAAGAUGAGGACCCCGAAGGACAAAAGCAAGAAGAUGUUCCAGAAGAAACGCUGCGAGGAGAAACGCUGCAAGAACAAACGCUGCAAGAACAAACGCUGCAAGAAAGGAUUACGCACGGAGUGCAACAGGCGUUGACUGUCUUCCAGAACAUCAUCCAUCCUCAUUCCGAAGCACACGAAGAGGCGCCAGAAGAUAGUACGGAGCCACCUGGCAGGGAUGAUGACUACCACCCGGCGCUUACUCGAGGCCCGCCGAUCCUCACCAUAGUCGAGCUGCAGAAACCUAAAGGUACGAAGCUUAAAGAAGACAAGGAAAAGGCGAAAAGAGAAAAGGCAGAGGCCAAGAAGGCGGAAAAGGAGAAAAAGGCCCAAGAAAAGGAGGAGAAAAAGAAGCUCAAGGCGGAAAAAGAAAAGGAACGCAAGGAACAGCGCCGUCUGGAGAAGGGGAGGAAGAAAAACAAGGGCAAGGAGGCGGAACCGCCUCCCGACCUACCUCCCGGCGCCAACGGCCGAACUGCCGUCGAGUCGCAUCGUCAUCCCGGGUGCCAGAUAUGCCAGCAUCCCGAAGAACAGGGGACGGACGACUUCAUGAAGGACCUGGUAGAUGGUUUGGAGGGAGUGCCUUCUAUCAACGACCUCACCGAUGCUGCAAAGAAACUACUUGGCACGAAAGAGGCGGACGAUGCCACUGCCAAUGCAAAGCAGAACCCCCAGAGCUACUCCCUCAACGAGCAGGAGUUGAUCGAGCACAUCGCCGCGCAUAUCGACCGACAUAUACACCGGUACAUAGACCUCAAGCCACCCGGAGCCGGAGGGGGAGAAGAAAACGCGUCGGCAGAAGAAAAGCCUCCAGCCAACGUGUUUCCUUACCAGACGCCGUACCGGUUUCCGGGAGGACAAGCAGGCACUGGCGCUCCUAACAGGCAAUAUGAGGGCCGCGAGGAUGUUGGUGUGCGUCCUCCCGGCCACGGCUUGGACGGUAAUAGGGAUUGGCCUCUGACUGUGAUGCAAGGCCACGUCCUCCGCAGCACCAAGCCCAUGUCUACGCCCGACGUUGCCACCGCGCCCGCACCGUCUCCUCCCCGGGACUUCUCGCCCUUCCGCUCCCCGACAAACCGCUGCGUCUCCCCGUGGUGCGAAAAGCUCGGUCUCAAGUUAGACGACCCACCUCUUUUCCACAAGAGGACGGUGCCGUGGUCGAGAAGAGGAUUUAAUUCCAGCCCGAGCCGGAUGAGAACCACGACCACCCCGACGUGUUUCAACACGCCGCUGUGCGCGCACCCGGUGUACCACGAGCACGGCCUAUAUGCCUGCGUCCCCGUCUCCCUCGUGCCGGCCCUGCGGCUCGAGUCCCCUUGCUGCGGCCACGCCAGCUGCUGCCACCACUACACGUCGCCGAUCGUGACCCCGCUGCCCGUCUCGCACACGCCUCGCCCGCUGUUCAAUUUCGAGCCGUUCGGCGCCGCCGAGACGAUCCCGCCUUGCACGCCGCGCAGGAGCUUGUCGGCGAACGAGACCCAGAUCAUAUUCUGAUAAGAAUGCCUUACUCCUCCGGGUUCGAAACGGGAGGGGGCUUGUGAAAGGGGCGUACGUAUUAGCUGGCUUGGAUUAGGUACUAGGUAGCUAAUCUGGAAGAUUGUCCACGGUGGUUUGUUACCUGGUACCUAUGCAGGACAUGGCGUGCGGAACGGGAAAAGGGGGUUUGACUGGUAGACAGGAGAAUUGUGUGGUAUGAAGAUUGCUUUUUUCUUU